AUGGAUCCUCGCGACGGAUCCGUUUCCCACAGCCACAACGAUCGCAACCGCAACCGACGUCGGCGCGAUGAUCUCCGGAAAGAUACCUUCGUCGCUGGUCUCUCCCCAGAAGGCCAGAUCAAUAAAGUCAUAGCAGAGAUGAACAGCCUCGAGGGUGGUUAUGACUUGCGCAAUUGGUCGCCGUCUGCUCGAAAGGACUUGCUGCCCACCCUUACAAUUACUCUCGAGGUAGACUGUGCAAAGAAGCCUGUAAAGGUAGAGGUACCAAAGCUAGCACUGCUCGUAGCAUCGCCCAGCUUCCGAGCGCACAUGGUUCAGAAUCUCGAGGCGAAAAAGCUCGGCUUCACGCACAAGGACAUCUCGUUGGGGGCUGUCAAGACCAUCGCGAAGUGGUUGAGGGAUUUGUGCAACAAUGCGGAAUUCCCUAUAGUCCCUGUUUCCGAUGACCUGAACGUCGCACUGGAGCUCCGUCUCACAGCCUAUAGACUCGGAAUGCACCAGUAUGUCGGACACAUCGAGGAGCGCUACAUCAGCGGUGUCGAGCAUCGUGUACCGAGUCUUGUCGAAAUCGCGACUGUGACCAAUAACACGCGGGAGGAGUACGAGAACGACCCGAUCGUAGUAGCUCUAGCGAAUCGCUUGAGCUAUCUUUGCCGCCAUCAUAAAGUCUCACAGGAAGUGCAGAUCUCCUAUGCGAAUCUACUUGCGGAGGAGAAGUUCGAUCGCAUUCUACGUGCGGUCCAGGAGAACAAAGUGAUGGCUGUAUCGGAGGGCGCUGAAGGUACACAUUAA